CGCUCGGCGCUAGCUCUCGGCUCGGGUCUCGGGUCUCCGCUCGGCACUAGCUCUCGGGUCGGUGCUCGGCGCCAGCUCUCGGGUCUCCGCUCGGCACUAGCUCUCGGGUCGGUGCUCGGCGCCAGCUCUCGGGUCUCCGCUCGGCGCCAGCUCUCGGGUCUCCGCUCGGGGUUUAGGAGCUGUUGCUGUGAGCAGCCAUUGAGGGCGGCUAGGGUGCCGAACCUGAGUGAGCUGGAGGCCCACCGGCAGGUGCACACAGGAGAACGCCCCUUCGACUGCUCGGAGUGCGGCAAGAGCUUCAAGAUGAUGAAACACCUGAAGAUCCACUGUCGGGUUCACACAGCGGCCCUUCACCUGCUCCAACUGUGGCAAACGCUACAAGUCAUCAUCAAACCUGAAGCGCCACAGGCGCAUGCACACCGGGGAGUGGCCCUACACCUGCAGCGACUGCGGCAAGCGUUUCAAGAUGAUGAAACACCUGAAGAUCCACUGUCGGGUUCACACGGGCGAGAAGCCCUAUGGCUGCUCCACCUGUGGCAAGAGAGCUUUUCCGACUCGACAGGGCUGCAGGGGCACCAGCGGGUGCACAGCAGUGAGCGGCCCUUUGCCUGCUCCGACUGUGGCAAAUGCUACAAGUCGUCAUCAAACCUGAAGAGCCACAGGCGCAUGCACACCGGGGAGUGGCCCUACACCUGCAGCGUCUGCGGCAAGGGCUUCAAGAUGGUGAAACAUCUGAAGAUCCACUGGCAUGUGCACAUGAGCGAGAAGCCCUAUGGCUGUUCCACCUGCGGCAAGACCUUCAUCCAGUCGUCGGGGCUGCAGGUGCACCAGCGGGUGCACAGUGGUGAGCGGCCCUUUACCUGCUCCGACUGUGACAAAGGCUUCAAGUCGUCGUCGAACCUGAAGAGGCACAGACGCAUGCACACCGGGGAGCGGCCCUACACCUGCAGCGUCUGCGGUAAGGGCUUCACCCAGUCCAAUAGCCUGCUGGUGCACCAGCGCAUCCAUGCCAGCGAACGCCCCUACAGCUGCAGCCACUGCGGUAAGGGUUUCACCCGCUCCACCAGCCUGCUGUCGCACCAGUGGUGCACACCAGAGACCAUCCCUUCCCCAGGCCCUUCUGCUGCUCCAGCUGUGGCAAGGACUUCAAGUAAUCCACAGAGCUGAAGA